UCAAGCAGAGCAAAACAAGGUCAGUGUGUAUAGAAUGUCAAUGCUUGUUGUAUACCUCAAAGUAAAGGUAAUACAGGUGUGGCAGGCAACAGUCAGUCAGGUGACUUCCUCCAAGCAGGAAAGCUUUUUUUGCAGUUACAUAUUCCAUUGACUAAAGGUGUAUGAACCUCAUCUUGAAAACCAUUACAAGAAACUUCACUGAUAGAUUUCAUCAGCACGUUACAAAACACAGUCUACAAUAUGUCUGGUAGAGAGCUUGAAUUAUCACAAAGUGAAUAUUCAGAAUUAAUGCCAUAUCAAAAAUAUUUUUCAAAUCUUCCUUCUACAGUGGCACCAUUUUAUAAUAUGGCAUAUGAUGAACAAACGAAUGUACCAGAUUUUCGACAUCAAGAAAGUAGUGUACAUUAUCAACAUACGACUCCGAAUAAAAAUGAAGAAUUAAUGAUACAAAAUACUAUUCUCAGAAAGAUCGAGGCUUAUAAAAACAGUGGCCAACUCGAUGGUGCGUGGGCACUGAUUACUUAUGGGGAAUUCAACAGACCUAUCACUGAUAUUUGUGUUAGAAGAAAUGAAUAUGUGAUUGACAAUUCAAACAAUGAAGAGGAACAAUGCAAAAUUGGUUUGAGAUCAAUACCACAAUGUCAAGCUGAAAUCCUCUUUAAUCAAAAUUUACAAGUUAUUCUGACUCAAGAUGAAAAGGGCAGCAUUUAUUUGAUCAACAACAGCAAUUUCUCUGUAUUUAUUAAAGAUUAUUUGGACAUGAAACAGCCAUACUUCUCGCAAGAAGUUAUUGAACAGCGAGGAGUUAUUUUCGGCCAAGGAAAACCAAUUAAAAUCUUUGAUAUGGAGGAGUUUCGAUCAGAAAUGACUCUUCAAAUUUAUCACAAGCAGUUCAACAGAGAGCAGUUAAAGUUUUUAUGUAAAACUAAUGUCCUUUUUGCUGAUGCUCAACGCUGCAUGGAAUCUCCCAGCUGGAUCAUGGUGACAAAUCUUCAAGCAAUGGAUUUACUAUUUGAUGACCAAGUGUACUCAGAAUUAGAAGAGCUUAUAGCCAACUUUAUUGCAGGUGGUACUCAACGCAAGAUAAAGAACAAGAGGAAGAAAACAUUCAAAAGAAGAAUUUACACUAGUCAGAAAGAAUCUGACCUAAAACGCAAAACAAGGAUGUCUUUGGCCAAGAAAGGCUACAAAGUAAAGGACUUUAUGAAAUAUAGCUGGGAAAAUGAAGAUGUUGUUUCUCCUGAAGAUGCCUUAAACACAAACCAAAUGGAAGAGUUCUUUGAGCCACAAAAAGAUUAUUUGUUUGACUUUGAAACUGAUGAUACAGAACAUAAGCAUGCCAAGCUUGUUGGAGACAAAAUGUGGGCAAGAGUGAAAUACACUUUAGAAAACAUGAGCAAUGAGAACAUGUAAUGUUAGAGUUGAUGGCUUAAAGCUCAACUGGCAUAAUUGACGCUAUUAAUGAUUUCAUAAAAUGAACUCAUAUUACACAGCCACAUACAUUUGAACUUUCAUCCUACACUGCAAGGACACUCUUUUUUGUCAGCUGUCAACAGAAGAUUACAAUGAUUGUACAGAUUACCAAAAGUAUUACUCGUUCCAGUGGACCUAAGCAGUAUUAUUGCUAUCAGAAUGUCCAGGUUCUUUUUUUGCUUGCAUUGUAUUAUUUUUUUAUUCUCUUAUUAUCUAUGCAGACACAACAGCAAAUUGGAUGCAGCAAUUAACUGCUCCAACUUCACAUCAGCUAUUUUGCUUUACUACUUGCUGAGAGUUUGUUCUUAUUUCAGAUACCUUAACUAUAUUUAUAAUAAAGCAUUCUUUUCUUCC